CAGAGCCGUCGGUGCUCCGCUCGUCUGUAUCGUCGGGACUUGGAAAGUGGCCGGGCGGGGGAGACAGGCAGCCAAGCUUGAGAUUCAGGGAAGAUGGGAAUAAGUCGUUGUCUCCGAAUAUCUCCUUUGUGAGCCUUCAGAGCCCUGGUGUAACGUUCAGGACAACUUGCCGUACAUUGUGUUUUGUACAUUUUCCGUUGUGGAACCCAGCAGCGCUAGCUAGCUUAGCAGCCAACCGCUGGUAGUGUCAGACACACAGGUACGGGAGAGGAGAGGAGGGGUUGGUGACAAAGGAAGGUGGCGAGGUAACGAUGAACCGCUUUCGAAAGUGGCUGUAUAAGCCCAAGAGGACGGACCCCCAGCUCCUGGCCCAGUUCUACUACGCUGAUGAAGAGCUGAACCAGGUGGCUACUGAGCUGGACAGCCUCGACGGCAGGAAGGACCCUCAGAGAUGUACCCUGCUGGUCAACCAGUUCCGAUCCUGUCAGGACAAUGUGUUGAACAUUAUCAAUCAGAUCAUGGAUGAAUGUAUCCCCAACGACCGGGCCAACAGAGACUUCUGUGUCAAGUUCCCCGAGGAGAUUCGUCAUGACAACUUGGCAGGGCAGCUGUGGUUUGGGGCUGAGUGUUUGGCUGCCGGCUCCAUCAUCAUGAACAGGGAGAUAGAGAGCAUAGCUAUGAGACCCCUGGCUAAGGACCUUACUCGCAGCCUGGAGGAGGUACGCAACAUCACCAGAGACCAGGCCCUGAGAGACCUCAACUUGUACACAGACCGCAUGAAGGACGCAUUGCGACAUUUCGACAGCCUUUUUGCUGAGUUUGAGCUCAGUUAUGUGUCAGCCAUGGUGCCUGUGAAGUCUCCCAAAGAAUACUACGUACAGCAAGAGGUGAUUGUGCUCUUCUGUGAGACUGUGGAGAGGGCUCUGAAACUGGGCUAUCUUACACAGGACAUGAUCGAUGACUAUGAACCUGCAUUGAUGUUUACAAUUCCCAGACUAGCCAUUGUGUGUGGGCUGGUUGUGUAUUCAGAGGGGCCUCUCAACCUACACCGAAAAUCAGAGGACAUGUCUGAGCUCUUCCGGCCUUUUCGCACUUUAUUGAAGAAAAUCAGAGACCUGCUACAGACGCUGACUGAAGAGGAGCUGAUGACACUGGAGAGGAAUCUGUGUAUCUCUCAGGACUGGGAGUUGUCCACAGGCCAGGGGCUGGCUACAAACAGUGUACCAGCACCGGUCCAAGAGAAUCACUCAUCCUGCAUCCCCGCUAAUGACACCUCCAGUGGGGAGAGCGAGGGGGAGCAGGAGCACCUGGCUCUGCAUGUCUGUUCCAGCCAAGAGGAGGAGCUGGCAGAAGUGAGAAAGGGCUGGGAGGAGGUGGAGACCGAGAAGGGGGAGGAGGAGCAGGAGCAGGGCCUGUUAUGUGAGGAGGCAGAGGAGGCUGAGCUGGCCUGCUCCAUGCAGUAUGAUGAGGAGGAACUGGAGCAGCUCAACAUGAUGGUGUACCUCGUAGGAGACGAGAUGUCCACCCUGCUGUCGCCCCCCAGUCAGGGCCAGUCCCCAGCCCACAAUCCCAACAGAGGAGAGGCAGGAGGCUCAAGUGGGGCUUCCAGCACUGACGCGUCUCCCCGCAGGCUUCUGGGGGUCCGCGGAAGGACAGGCAUCUAUGUAGAGGAGGAGGACAGGGUUUUCUUCAUGGAGGACUUGGACGCAGCAGGAGACGGCAUCACCAGCAUCUCAAGAGAGGCCUAUAGUUGCAUUGCCUCUCCUCCCAAAGCAUCGGGCGCUGCUCGUCCUGUGCAGCGCAAACCGGGACCACAGCCAGACUCUGUUAGGAACGGCUGGUACUCUGAGACCCCAUCAGAGCAGCCAUGCCCACAGCCACGCAGCCAGAACACACUCUGUCAUAAUGCAAAGCUCCCACCAUGCACCACGGCCCCUGGCUCUGAACCUCUGCCUUACACAAAUGGGUGGGAGAUGGGUUUAGAGGGCCCAGCUUCUGAAACUGCCGAGGUCAUCGCCCACCGUAUGGGUGGGAUGAAGCUGUCUGCCACGGUCAUCUUCAACCCUCGCUCCCCGAGCUUGACGGAGCUGGCUGUGGACAAGCUGCUGCUGCCGCGGCCCACUCCCUCUGAGAUUGAGCCCUGCAGCCCUCUGGUGGCCACUCACUGCCUGCUUAACUCGUGUGUCUGCUGCGGGAGCUGUGAAGAUGGCCACGAGGAUGCCAUCAGCACAGAGACCACCGGACUCGGUUUAGGGCUCGCCCUGGGACUGGAUACACACUCUAAGACCGCAGCUCCCAGCACUGUCAUCCAGUCUUCUGCUUGCCGGGCGCCCCUGCGAGGUCACGAGCCUCACAGUAAGGGUGAGCUCGCCCAGGUGACUCCACCAUCUUCCCGCAGCUCUGCAGAGCCACUGGAAGGGGAUUCAAACUCCCAGCUCUGUGAGAAGUGCCUGGCGGUGGCUCCGGGGCCAGGGCAUCAUGCUCAGGACUGUAGCUCCAUCGGAGGGGAUGGAUCGUCUCUGUGCAACCACCAGCUGAGGACUGAAAAGAGGCAGCAGGCCAGUGGAGGCCGACAGAGGGAUAAGGAGAUGGAUAAAGACAAGCCAGGAACUAAAGACUUGAAGAGGGACACCAAAGAGGACAGCAGGAGGAGCUCCAGUUUUCAGAACUCUCCCCUCAGCUCUGUGUCAGGUAGUGACUGUGAGAGUGUGUCGGUCACCACAUGUAGUCUGUCAAGCAGUUCAUACACUCCCAGCCCUGUGAGCAGUCUGACGCCCAGUUCGGGGACAUCAGAAGACCUGGACCAUCAGGAGAUCCAGCUGGCUCUGGAAGACGCAAAGGUGGCCGCCAGGAACAAGAUCCGAUCACGCUUCCACAGCAGCAGUGACCUCAUCCACCGUCUCUUUGUUUGUAUAUCAGGUGUUGCUGAUCAGCUGCAGACCAACUAUGCUAGUGACCUUCGCAGCAUCCUCAAGACCCUGUUUGAAGUUAUGGCGACCAAGUGUGAGGAGGGAGACAAUGAUAAGCAAAAGAAAGCAGGUCCAGUUCUGCGUAGCGCUGUGCUGGAGGACUGUGCUCUCUGUCAGGAGACCAUUUCUUCAUCAGAAUUGGCAGCCAAGGCGCGGGAGGGCCAGUUCGAAGACCCUCCUGACUGGGUCCCCGAUGAAGCCUGCAACUCCUGCAUUGCUUGCAAGGCUCCCUUCACUGUCAUCCGCAGGAAGCAUCACUGUAGGAGCUGUGGAAAGAUCUUCUGCUCUCGCUGCUCCUCCCACUCCGCACCAUUACCCCGAUAUGGCCAGGUGAAGCCCGUCAGAGUGUGCACACACUGCUACAUGUUUCACGUCACGCCCUUCUAUAGCGACAAGGCCAGCAUCUGACCCCAGGUCAUCACAGAAAGCACACAGUCCGCCACAACAAGAUCAUAUGCAACAGACAGAUCCACGACUGUGUACAACGCAAAUGCCACACUGCUCUUGUGAAAUUUCAAUGGACGUCAUCGUUCCUGCUAAGCAAGGCUUCAGAGUAAGACCAUUACAGAUGACAGAGCAGAGAGACCAGUCAUGCAGCCACCGAGUGAUGAUGAGACCUGUUUAUGAGAGACGCUGGUGCCUCAGUGGGAACCACAGGGUUUGUGUUUCUGUGCCCAGCCAACACAAAUGGUUCACAAAUGCCUGUCUGAUUAUAGAGGUGCAAAAGAGAAAGGGAAUGAACACGCAAUAACAGAUUUUGAACUGGCAUUGUGCAACAGUGUUCUGUAGCAGUUUGCAACACAAAAUCAGAACAGGCCACUUUGUUUUUUUUUUGGUUUUGGUUAUUUUUCCUGCUUUAAUUGUAAAUGAAAGGACUUGUGACAUAUUUUCCUAUGCUUUAGCGAGCUUCCUACAUUUGUGCCAGAGCUCCCUCGGGACUCGGAUUACUCAGAAGAAUGUAAGUCAUGAUCACCAUGUAAAUAAGGAUAAUUCUGGUAAUAGCUACACUACAAUGUCUUCAGUAAACGGUUGCUAUAUAUGGGAACUGGAGAGCGAUCAUCACCAGGCUACCAGUCCCAGUGAAGCAAAAAUGAAAAACAGCUUUUAUAUUGAGAUUCCUUCAUGUUUUAAUGCCAAUGAAUGUGUUAUUCUGUACCACUUUGAGAAAUAGGGUCUAGAUUCCAACAAGUCUGACCAUUCAGCUCUUGACGGUAAUGGGCUGUGCCCAGCGCUUUUACAGUUGCACCGUGGCAUGUUUAGUUUUCUCUGGGGACUCCACUGCACACUGAGAUGGAUAAAAGGGAUUCCUUAGUCAUCACUAACAGGUCUUGAAGGCCCCCUAGUGGAGAGUUUUCCUCUCCUCACUCAGCGCUCUCAUCCCCAUGAUGUGUACAAUUUGUUUCGGACCACAGGCCUUCUCAGGUGCUGGCCUACAGACUACAGGCCAAUUAUUCCCCCUUUGGUUUUCCCUCCCUCACGCUUGUUAUAGUGCAAUAUUGUGACUACAAAAUACAAUGGUCCUGCCCACUUUAUAGGCAGUCCUUCUCUCUUUAAAUUGUAGUUUUAGGCCAUUUCUGAAGAGAAAAGCUGUGCCGAUUUGUGUUUACACUAAAUUAUUUCCAUCUUUGGCUCUGGUGGUACUGUCAGGCUGGAACAGAUACUUAGUUUCCAGAUCGACAUCAUUUGUACCUGACUUCCUUUCUGUUCUUGAAUCUGUUUCCACAAACUAUCUUCCAUGCUCUUAAUACAUGACAGUUGGUACAUCUGAAUGGUCUGACCAUAUGGACCUUUGAGCAGCAACAAUAUUAUAUCAUAUUAUGUCCAUUCUGCUCUGACUUAAAGCAGUUUCUCAGGCAUUACAUAAUCAGAAUCACUCACUACUGUUGGAUAAAUCUUAUUUUCAUCAAAGAGCAUAUAAACUCACUUUGAAAAGGUAUGUUUUUUUUUCUUUUAUAAAGAAUAAAAAUAAGGUAUGAAGCUAUAAUUACUUUUAUG